AUGGAGACACCAAAGUCCUACGAAGGUGCCGACUUGAAAGUGAUGGACACUUCUAAGGACCAUGUCGAAGUCUUCGAGGAGCUGACAUGGACGCCCGAGGAAGAGAGGAAGCUGGUCCGGAAGAUUGACCUGUAUCUCCUGCCCACAAUCUGGCUCAUGUACCUACUGAGCUAUAUGGAUCGUACGAACAUUGGCAACGCAAAGAUUGCAGGCAUGUCGGACGAUCUGAAGCUCACCUCGAACGAAUACUCUAUCGCCUUGGUUGUUUUCUUCGUUACAUACGUCGCAUUCGAGCCUGGUUCUAAUAUGAUCCUUGUCAGGUGGAAGCCGUCGCUGUAUCUCCCUACUAUCAUGGCCAUCUGGGGUGCUUUGACAUGCGUCAUGGCUGCAAUCCAUCAGUUCAACCACCUUGUCAUUCUCCGCAUCUUUGUCGGUGUGUUUGAAGCUGGUUUCGCUCCUGGUAUCCUGCUCAUUAUAUCGUCUUGGUACAAGCGCGAUGAGCAGUCCAAGCGUUUCGGUGUGUACAUGUCCGCUGCUAUCUUGUCUGGCUGCUUCGGAGGUCUCCUGGCAGGUGCUAUUACUGGCGGUUUGGAGGGUGCAGGUGGCCUGCGCGGAUGGCGAUGGCUCUUUAUUAUCGAAGGUGUCGCAACAAUCGUUUGGGCUGGUAUCGCCUCCUUCAUCCUUCUCGACUUUCCCGCUACGAGCUCGCGCCUCACCGAGCGCGAACGCGCCAUCGCUGUUGCCCGUCUGCGUGAAGGCGGCGUCAAGUCAUAUGCUGAAGGCGACGACCGCAUGGGCAAGCUCAAGUCUUUUAGGCUCGCUAUCUGCGACUGGCGCACCAUCGGCUUCGUGCUGGGCUACAUGGUCAUUGUCGGCUCCAGUACCCUCAGCUACUUCUACCCCACUCUCGUCUCCGGCCUCGGCUACACCGACCGCGUGCAAGCGCAGUACAUGACCGCGCCCAUCUACGCCGUGGCCUUCGUCUGCACAGCCAUCACAACGUUCUUUGCAGACCGCGUGUCCAACCAUCGUGGCCUGCUAAUCUCCUCGUGGCUCGCGUUUGCGCUCAUCACAGCCAUCUGCGUCUGCGUCAUCUUCGACUUCACAGCGCGGUAUGCGCUGCUGGUGCUUAUGGCUGCGGGAUUGUGGGCUUCCAACGCGCUCGCUUUGAGUUUUGCAAGUGCAACCUUUGGUGAUAUGGAGCCUGAGGUCAGAGCUAUUGCAUUGGCGCUCGUCAAUGCUAUGGGUAAUCUAGCCCAGAUCUAUGGCGCGUACCUAUUCCCUGCGGAGGAUAAGCCGAAGUACCUCAUGGGUUUUGGUGUCAUCUCGGGUAUGCUUGGAUUUGGUACUUGCGUCUACAUCUUCAUGCACGUCGCUGUGCGUAGGAAGGAGGGUCUCGGCUGGUUCUAA